AUGAAUCAAAGCAAUUCUAAUAAUAAGAAACAAUGUGUUGUAUGUAACAAAAGUGGCGGGAUUUUAAUCUGUGAUGGAUGUCAGAAGACAUUUUGUGGUAAGCAUGUUAUUGAACAUCGACAAGAUUUAUCGGAUCAAUUAGAUAGUUUAAUGGAAGAACAUGAUUCAUUACAACAUGAAUUAGAACAACCAUCAAUGAGAAGAAAUUCUCUAUUACAAAAAAUCGAUAGAUGGGAAAAAGAUUCAAUUACAAAGAUUCAAAUUGCUGCUGAAAGUGCACGAAGAAGUUUAUUAGAAUUUAUUGAUCAAUCAAAACCAGGAUUAAGAAAAGCCUAUGGUAAUAUUACUGAUAGUCUUCGUGCAGCUCGUGAAGAUGAUGAUUUUUCGGAAUAUGACCUUGAUCAUUGGAAGAAACAAUUGAAAGAUAUUGAAGCAGAAAUUACAUCACCAGCAGCGGCUAAAUUAACAUUAGAUAAAGGUUCGCCUAUUUAUUUAAUGGCAGUACAAAUUCAUGAUUCUGGUAGUAGUCAAUCGUCAGGAAGACAUGAACAACCACCAGCACCAACAAAAGCAGCUUCAAAUCCAGCUAUACAAGAACGAUUCUUACAAACAUUAGGUCCUGUUAGACUUGAAGAUGGUGGUUAUCUUGCUAAACAAAGUAGUUCUUCUUCAGACUAUGCUUAUAUUCGUGGUCGAUUACUUUAUUUACGUGGUACACAUACAACACGAUUUCGAUUAGAAAAAUUCAAACAACCUUAUUAUAUUUUCUUUGGUUGUAUGUCAUCGAAAAUAGCUUUACAACCAGAUGCAUUUCGAUUAUCUAGUGCUGUAGGAUGGUUUGGAUCACAUCAAGUCUAUGAACAAGGACUUUGUAGUCGUAGCUGUAAAAAAUCGGAAUUCAAUAGUAACAAAAUACAAACUAAUGAUGUGAUAUCACUUACAUUCGAUUGUGCUCAAUUGGAAAUACGUUUAUUUCAUGAACGUAUGAAAACAACAUGUACUCUUGCUGUUGAUCAAAAACUGACGCCAUUUCCAUGGCAAUUAUUAGUAGUUUUAUGUAAUUCGGGUGAUGCUAUUAGAGUUCUUCCUAAUGCUUAA